AAAUGAAGCAUUUUCUCUGAUCACAAUUCGCAGCUGCAAGAAAUACACAGAGCACAAGCAUUGGAAGUAAUAUUGAGAUUUGAGAAGCAACGGUUGGUUAUAGUUCCUGUUUGUUAACUAAUUAACACACCGGAGCCAUGUCAGCAACAGCAGUAGUAGCAGCAGGCUCUGCCACCACCUUCACCGGCACCACCAUCAAGAACUCCAAGACAGUUCUGACUCCAACAUCCUUACAAGGCCUCUCACUUCCCGAAGCCAAAAGGUCUCUCUCACACUCCUUCUUUGUUGAUAACAACAAGAAGGCUACUAGAAGAAGACUUGACAUCACUGCAAGAACUGCUGGCGCUUCAAAGCAGAUUGAAGUUGAAGUUGACAAGCCACUCGGUCUCACCUUGGGCCAAAAGCCUGGUGGCGGUGUUCUCAUCACUGGUAUUGAAGGUGGUGGGAAUGCAGCAAGAGCAGGGUUGAAGGUCGGGGAUCAAGUUCUGUAUACAAGUAGUUUCUUUGGAGAUGAAUUGUGGCCUGCAGAUAAGCUUGGAUUUACCAAAACUGCAAUUCAAGCUAAGCCUGACUCUGUCUACUUUGUUGUCAGCAGAGGUGCUGAAGUAGAUGUUAAGAGACUCCCAAAGCGACCAGCUCCUCCUGCCUUUGGAAGAAAACUGACCGAGGCUCAAAAGGCUAGAGCUACUCACAUUUGCCUUGAUUGUGGAUACAUAUACACCUUACAGAAACCAUUCGAGGAGCAACCGGACACAUACAGUUGUCCGCAAUGUCAAGCACCAAAGAAGAGGUUUGCAAAAUAUGAUGUUAACACUGGAAAAGCCAUUGGAGGAAACUUGCCUCCUAUUGGAGUUAUUAUUGGGCUUGUUGCUGGUGUUGGUGCUGUUGGAGCUCUCCUUGUGUAUGGUCUUCAGUGAUAAACUCACAUCACAUGGCUGAUGGCUCCCACGCUUUUAUUUAUUUAUUUAUUUAUUUUCUGUCCUCCAUAUUUGUCUCAUGAGAGGUUGAUGAGGUGCAUAAACAUGGAUGUACUGCAAAAAACAAAAAUUAUAUCAUAACAAAUGGUUUUUUCUCCGAAGAAGCAAUCAAAUGAAUGGUUGUCAA